AUGUUCUCCAAGCGACUAAGCUGCUUCUAUUGUGGACAUCGCUCUGCGCAGGCUGACAGAAACGUUCGCAAAUGGCGCUGCAAACACUGCGAAGCGGUCAACUACCUGGAUGAGAAAGGAGAGAUUACCGACCCUCCCGCCGCUGAAACGAAUCCUGCUGUUUACGGUCCUGGAGCCACAGACGUUCCAUUUGAGUCGGUUGACCUUACAGGAUCCGGCCUCUUCUGUGCUCAGUGUGUUCGCAACCAGCAUCUCUUCACAAGUGCACUUGCCUCUUAUUUUCCGUCGCCGGAGGAUCCAAAUUAUAGCGCCUACGAGCGGGAAUAUCCCAGUUUUCGCAGGAACCUGGAGGAACGAUACCCGCAAGUAUGUGCAAACUGCGAACCUCGGGUGAAGGAACGGAUACGUCAAGCUGGAUAUGAGGCGAAAUCGGACCACCUUCGACGGAUGAUGGACAGGAGCAAAGCGGGAAGGGCAGCGAGACACGCGCGGCGGUGGAAUUGGAGAAAUCUACUGGUGUCAGCGGGUGCCAUGGGCUACUGGGGCAGCGUUGCUGGUCAACUGUCCUGGGAUACUCUGGGCGCUCUGAGCGCCGAUCAUCAUCUGCGCGAUAUGUAUGAUGACUUAUCGCCGCCGUCCAUUGCGUCGUGCGCUCGUGCGACGUUACAGACACGUCAACUACCGAGUUCAUGCUGGAUUGAUUUGUCUCCCUACGCUGGUCUAGCUCUGAUUGCGGGAAUCCUGUCCUUGUGGUGGAACCCGAAACUACGACUCAAGGUCGAAGGCAGAGGAGGACGCUUCGUCGGGCUGGGCGAAUACUAUCAGGUGCAGCUCAUCGUCAUGGUGGCGCGAUGCGUCUUCUGGGCUGUACUUAAAGACCCUUCUUCGAGUGGACUACAACCGACAUUGCCGCCGGCUCUGCAUCUGUUUAUGAUACUCUUCACGAUCCUGAAUCCCAAGUCCGUCGUUAUCUCUCGGCGCGUUGUCAAGUAUGACACUCGCCCACUGGUCGCAUGGUCGGAUAGCACGCCAACGGCGACUCCUAGUAAGAAAGCAGUUGCGUCACCCGUUGCGCAAUCGAGCGCUACUACUCAGCGUUUCACCAGCCUUCGCGGAACCGACCAGCAAGCUACUCCACGCUUCCCGCUUGAGAAGCUGGCAACUCCCCGACCAGUACCGGAAACAGAGCCCAUUAUUCCUCCCACGCCUCCCCCAGAGGUGGACGAUAUGGAUUGGACCCCUUCUGUACAGCACGAAAUCUCGCCGACGGUUAGUGUCCGUCAGAGAGACACACCGUCUGUCCUCAACGGACCUCUACCGUUCUAUGGAUCACUACCUGCGGCCCCUAAACCUCCAUCAUGGGCCCUUCGGACUCAAUCUUCGCGGCCGAAGCCUAUACAGCAGGUUGUUGAACGCAACCCAUUUCACCGUACACCCACUCAGUCGCCAAGUUCCUGGCAACGUAAACCCGCCGCUCAGGCAGAUUCGGUCUUUGCACCUCCAAAGUUCUUUCCUACCAGUGACCAUCUCGCUUCAACUGGGCUGGAGAGUUUGUUCGACCGAGCUUUUACGAUCAAAUCUCCUGAGGAUGAGGGAAAUGAGAACUGGCAGCAGCACCAGCGAGCAUCGAGUGCGCAUGCUCGCCAGUCUGCGGAUAUGCAGACACUCUUUAUGUUCCAAUACUUUCGGGUGGGCCUACUACUAGCAUCUAUUGCUGCCUGGCUUCUGUCACAGUAUAACCAUCUCUCAAUUCCUGGCAAUUAUGUCGAGGUGGCGUCUCUUGGGAGUGCAAGUCUGAUUGCGGGAUUUGCACUGUUGGAUGUCCUCAAGCAGCCCAUCGCGCAAUGGAACGGCAUGGAGAUCCUUGUUUAUUUUGCCGAGCUUGUGGCGGCCGUCCACCUUGGGGGGCACCUUCCACACGUGUCGUUCGAGAGACAUUAUUUUGACAGAUAUGGGAAAUUUCUAUUGAUCUUCAUGACCGUUCAGGAAGCAUUGGGGCUGUUAUCUCUCUACCGUAUUGCGACAACUGGCGAUACUGGCUCUCAAGUGCAGCAGCCCAGCCAGUCUCCGGACGCAAGCGCCUCGGGCAGUCCAUCACUCGGAAGCCAUGUUCGGCCCGAGCAACCAUCUUCAUCAUUCAGUUCUGCUGAGCCCCCUGUUCCCCCUCUUUCAUUUUCUUCGACUGCUGCCGGUUCCAGCUUCGUGACGCGGUCGCCGGAGGCACAGUACCAACUAGCAUUCCCGAACCAGAAUCAAGGUCUCAAACGUGAUCACAGCUUCACAUUGAAUAGUCUGAAGGACAAUGAAUCCGACUUCUCUGAUGCCUACGAUCGCGAUUCAGACACCGAGACGACUGUGACGACGGCGACGACAGCCACAAGCAACACGGUCAGGAAUAUCCGCUACGGACGGAACCCGACCGAUACAUUCUUCUCACCAAGACGCUCAGAGCUUGGUCCCGGAAUCGGGGGGUUAAGUCUUGAUGACAAGCCCACCCGGCGAGUGACGCGCAGUCAGUCGCAGAGACUCGCCGGAAACGAGGGAAUUCGUAAAUACUCGAUGCGCGGUUUGAAGUAA